UCCAUUUAUCUGGAAGAUACAAACAGACAAGAGAGUGAAGCCUAGGAUAAUCAAGAUGGCCAAUUUUGUUCUGCAAGUACCAAAUAGCGUGAGAAGCUUAACUGUUUCAGCUUCUGCUUCAUCUAAUGGGUCUCCUCCUUUGAGUUAUAGUGCAAGUAGUGGUGGGGGUGGUGGUCCUGUGAUAUUGGAGCUUCCUGUUGAUAAGAUAAGGAGGCCUUUGAUGAGAACAAGAGCUAAUGAUCCGGUCAAGGUUCAAGAACUUAUGGAUAGCAUAAGUGAAAUUGGUCUUCAAGUACCUAUUGAUGUACUUGAGGUCGAUGGAGUUUAUUAUGGUUUCUCUGGCUGUCAUCGCUAUGAAGCUCACCAGCGUCUUGGGCUUCCAACAAUACGUUGCAAAAUUCGACGUGGGACAAAAGAAACUCUCCGGCAUCACCUUCGCUGAAUUUCUAGUGGCUUAUGCUUCAAAGUUAAUUCCCAGCUUGAACAAGAUCAGUUUCCUACAUCUUCAAUUGUACUAUAAGUAAUUGUAGGGCAUUUAUUAUCAUAUGCCCCUUCCGUAAGUUGUACAGACUUGUUAUACUUAGCAUUGAGAAGGAUUAUAUCACUGUGUGAAUAUGUGGAAGCAGCUGUUAUUCAAUAUACAAAUAAGAUGUCUGAUAUGACAGUGGUUUCUUGCAUUGGUAGUAA